AUGUAUAAGAGCUGGAUGGGUAAAACAGAAUCCAAGGCCUCAGAGCCUCACGAGAGCGUCACCCUAUCAGCUCUUGCAAGUCGACGAAGCGGUGCACAAACGCCGACAACUGCGGAGGCUCCUCUUGCCGACCAGCCGUCCAUACCGAUGGAUGAGUUUGCAGAGGAGCACUACUCGAAGGGCUACCAGUGGCAGUCGCAAAAUAGUCUGGUACAUUUCUCCAUUGAUGAUUGCUCUCACAGUUAA